CUGACGCCGUCAAGAGCGACUCCGACUCCAGCAGUAUGUCUGACAAACGCCAGUCCGGCCAUGUCCAGUCUCAGCGGGUCCCCGAGUCCUUCAGGGAUAAUUCCAAGGCAGAACUGGGACCAUGUGGAUGGAUUUUGGUGGCUGUCUCGUUCAUCUUCGUGCUUAUAACUUUCCCAAUAUCAAUUUGGAUUUGCAUAAAGAUUGUGAAGGAGUAUGAAAGAGUGAUCAUCUUCAGACUGGGCCGCAUUUUGCAAGGUGGCGCCAAAGGACCUGGGUUGUUUUUCAUCCUGCCGUGCACUGACAGCUUCAUCAAGGUGGACAUGAGGACCAUCUCCUUCGAUAUUCCGCCACAGGAGGUGCUCACUAAGGACUCGGUGACCAUCAGCGUGGAUGGUGUGGUCUAUUACCGUGUUCAGAACGCAACCCUGGCUGUGGCAAAUAUCACCAAUGCAGAUUCGGCAACCCGUCUUUUGGCGCAAACUACCCUCAGGAAUGCGCUGGGCACCAAGAACCUGUCUCAGAUCCUCUCUGACAGAGAAGAGAUCGCACACCACAUGCAGAGUACGCUGGAUGACGCCACAGAUGACUGGGGAAUAAAGGUCGAGCGUGUGGAGAUUAAGGACGUGAAGCUGCCAGUACAGCUCCAGAGAGCCAUGGCUGCAGAGGCAGAAGCCGCCCGGGAGGCUAGAGCCAAGGUGAUUGCAGCCGAAGGGGAAAUGAAUGCAUCCAGGGCUCUGAAAGAAGCAUCCAUGGUUAUCACGGAGUCUCCUGCUGCCCUUCAGCUCCGGUACCUUCAAACCCUGACCACUAUCGCUGCGGAGAAAAACUCCACCAUUGUCUUCCCUCUGCCCAUCGACAUGUUGCAGGGCAUCAUGGGUUCCCACCACUGAGCAGUCCAGCUCUAUGGGAGAGCUGUGCUGAGUCCUUCCCAGGGUAAAGAGGGGACAAAGUUAGCCUUUAACUCUCGGGGAGAUUAGCUGAAAGCUUGACUGUCCCCCUCCCUCUCCUUUCCUGUAUGUGCACUGUAGGGGCUCUUAGAAUGGGCAGGGAUCAUAAAAGCAGAUGAAGAGACUCGCUCUGGAGCCAGGAGUGCAGCUCAGUUGCAGAGCACUGGCUUAGCCCGUUCAAGGCUCAGGGCUUCAUCCUCAGCACCAACAAAUAAACAAAUAGGCAAGUCAGGGAAGGGACGCGUCUGAGCCCAGGUAAACACUCUGUGACACUGAAGAACUGUGCCACCCACUUCUCUGGCUGCCUGUGCCUUCCCUUCAGGGGAUCCUUAGGAUCGUUUUGUUUUGUUUUGAGAUAGGGUUUCUUAGAGUAGCCUUGGCUGUCCUGGCCUUGAACUCAGAGAUCCCCCUGCCUCUGCCUCCCCAGUGCUGGGACUAAAGGUGUGGGCCACCACCACCUCUCCCUUUAGGAAAUCUUAAGGAAGGACAUUUCCCCAAAGUUCAUCCACCCACUCUAAUCCUCUCCCUCCUCCUGCUUGAUCCUGUCAGAGCCAACAAAAAGGCUCACGCUGGCCCUUCCAAGACCGAAGGUCACUCCUGUCAUAGUCCUUUUGAAAAUAGUUGCAGUUUUUAAAAACCGUCUUGGGCCUCCGCCCCACAACCUAAUGAUCCCUGUGUGUGGCCUUGUUUAAAGCAGUGAAUCUCUGCCACAGGAGUGCUCCCUUCUCUCUCUCGCAUAUUUUCAUGGAUCAGGUUUUUAAAUCGUUUUGAAUUUUAAAAAUAACUUUGAGUUCUAUCAAUAAACUUUAUGUCCAUU